AUAUAUAGUGCCGCCGCAUGUCGAUAAACAGCUGUGCCCUGUGACGAGAGGACAGUGGUCAUUUGCGCAUUAUUUCUGUCCGAUACAAGCGAGAUACGGAAAGAAAUUAAACGUUCAAAAGUUCGCGAUUUGUAGGAAAAUUCAGGAACAUGUUUCGACUUUUCGUAGCGGCCGCGGCGCUCUUUGUGCUAAUUGACGCGGACAUUCAGAGGAUUAAAUUGCAUAAGACGGAUUCUAUUAGAAAAAUUUUGAAAGAAGUUGAUACUGAUCUGCAACAAGUUCGUUUGACUGGAGUUAAUGCUGUACCAGAACCUUUAUCCAAUUAUAUGGAUGCUCAGUAUUAUGGUGUUAUUAGCAUUGGAACUCCACCGCAGGAGUUUAAAGUAAUUUUUGAUACUGGUUCCUCAAAUCUUUGGGUACCAUCCAAAAAAUGCCAUCUUACUAACAUUGCAUGCUUAUUACAUAAUAAAUAUAAUAGUAAAAAAUCCAGCACAUACAUAGCAAAUGGUACUGAAUUUGCUAUUCAAUAUGGUUCUGGCAGUCUAUCUGGGUAUUUAUCUACUGAUGUAGUGAAUGUUAGUGGUCUCAAUGUUCAGCAGCAAACAUUUGCGGAAGCGAUCAGUGAGCCAGGUUUAGCGUUUGUCGCUGCAAAGUUUGAUGGUAUCUUGGGCAUGGGUUACUCUACGAUAUCUGUUGAUGGAGUAACACCUGUCUUCUAUAACAUGGUCAAACAAAAAUUGGUACCACAAGCCGUUUUCGGCUUUUAUCUAAAUCGAGAUCCUUCAGCCAAGGCAGGUGGGGAAUUGAUAUUGGGUGGUUCUGAUCCUGCUCAUUACGAUGGCGAGCUCACAUAUGUUCCUGUUACUCGCAAAGGAUAUUGGCAGUUUACACUGGAUAGGAUCAAUGUAAGUAAUCAGACCCUGUGUCCAAAUGGUUGUCAAGCUAUCGCUGAUACAGGUACCUCCCUGAUAGCUGGACCAACAGAAGAUAUUGCAGUUAUUAAUAAGUUAAUUGGAGCUACUACUAUUAAAGGAGAGGGAAUAGUGGAUUGCAAUCAGAUUCCACAUUUGCCUCAAAUCGAUUUUGUUCUGGGUGGUAAGACAUUCAGCCUCUCUGGUGAAGAUUAUGUUCUUCAGAUCAAACAGUUCGGCACUACGAUCUGUAUGAGUGGCUUCAUGAGUUUUGAUCUCGAAUCGCGUGGGCUGCAAUGGAUCUUGGGCGAUGUAUUUAUCGGCCGUUACUACACUGAAUUCGAUUUGGAUAAUGAUCGAGUGGGAUUCGCCCCAGCAAAAUAAAUCGUCGUUUGCUUUUUCUUAAAGUUAUCUAUUAUACAUUAGAUCUAAUUUACUAUCUCGUGAAUAAUUAAAUAAAAAUCUAUUUUUCUUUUAAA